ACGCUGAACCCAAGCGAUUGGCACGUGGUUUGCGCGGUUUGUCAGAUCCCGCGUGGUGGAGAGGAAAUUGACAGUUUAGAAAAGAAGGCGACCUGUAUUUCUAAGUGUGACCAAAUAAACGGACUACCAAUAUGUCAGAAUCACUUAAGAUGAGACGAGUUCGAGAUUUCAAGUUUGCCAGACCAUGGGAAAACGAUUAUGACUCAGACUCCAGGAGAGAUGACGAUAGUCUUAGUGAUGCAAGACGUAGACGUGGGAAUCUGCCCAAGGAAGCCGUCCGUAUCCUGAAAAACUGGCUUUACGAGCACCGCUACAAUGCCUACCCAUCAGAUCAAGAAAAGGUCUAUCUUUCCUCUGCUACAAAUUUAACUGUUCUGCAAGUAUGUAACUGGUUUAUCAAUGCUCGUCGAAGAAUCCUACCAGAAAUGAUUAAGAAAGAUGGCCAGGACCCUCUCCAGUACACCAUUACCCGCAAGCACAAGCAGUCCUUGUUGGACCGUGUGACAUUCACUCCAGGUGGGUAUGGUGCAGAGAGCUCACUGGAGAAGGUGUCCGAUGCAGACGGCUACCUAUCAGACUGCGAGGCCUCUUCCAGUGACUUUUCCUCUGAACCCGAGUCGACCUCCCCUGAUGUCAACGAGUCCAGAACGCGUGGAGGAAGCUUCUCCCAGGACAACUCAUCACCACCAUCUUCCCCGUCCAACCCCCCACAGAAUGCAGACCUGUUCAAGUCCUUCUUCAUGCUGGUGGAUGUGGCACUGAAUCAGAUUCCCAAAGAGUCGAGCAGCGAGACAACCGAUUCGUCCAACUCCUCAGUGUAGCUGUGUCCAGGACUUAUGAUUUGUAUCUUUUAUAUGCUCAUUCCAUCUUCAUAUGUGUAUAUACUGACUGAUGAUGUUUAAAAUUCACACUUUCAUCCCCUACAAACUAUGUAUGUUGUCAUUUGACCAAGAGUGGAAGAAAUUAUUGGCUGUCAAAUCAUUUAAAUGGAAAUAAGUAUUUUAGGUUGUGCAAUAUGCAGAUUGGAAAUUGUGCAGAUAAAUUUUGUAUUGCAUGAAAAAAUGGAAACCACCUGUGUUCAUGUUCUCGUAGAUAGACCUCGUUUUUGUGUGGUCUUAUGCCAUUAUGAUGCAGUACAUUUACUAUCAUUGCUUUCCCUUCAGUUGGUAAAAUUUGUUCUAAAUAUAUUGUGAUUAGAAAUUUUAUAUAAUGUAUGGAAUCAAAUGUAAUUUGUGAUUAAAUAUAAUAUGCCUUUAGUUUUAUAGAUUUUUAAUAUGAAUUUUCUUUACUUCUUACCAAGUUACUGAUCAUGUGUUGAAAUACAAAGACAGUUUAACUGUUGCCCCUUGUAUGUACAAGCGCAUGUGCCCUGCUGUAUACAACCUUUUGCUGUAUAUUUUAUGAGAAGGUAUAUUUAUGACUAAAUCUGUACAUGAUCUCCGGAUUUUUUUAAGUGGAUGAAUUUAUUCUCUGUAAAAUGUUCUAAGCAAUGUUUACAUUAAAUAGAUCUAUCUAUAAAAUCAAAAAA